AUAAUCAACAUAAAAAUUAUAUGCAUCAUCUGGUGUAUUGAACUCUAAGUCCUUCCAAGAAUCACGAACAGUAGGAUCUAUACCAUUGAAACCUACAAACAUUAUGAAACAACAUAUUAAAUGGAUUCCACACCACAACAGUAUGAAAUCUCAAUGUAUACCAAUAAUUACAGCCAUGAUACAAGAGUUACCACCAUGGUAUGGCAUGGUAAAAUCAAAUUACCACACUAUACCAUAUGGUAUGGCAUGGUAAAAUCAAAUUACCACACUAUACCAUAUGCUAUGGCAUGGUAAAAUCAAUUAUCACACAGAACCCUCACAUUUAACUUCCUAAUUACCACAUUUUACCACAUGGUAAUGUACUGUAAAAUCAAUUACCACAUGAUAAGGCAUGGUAAAAUCAAAUUACCACACUAUACCAUAUGGUAUGGCAUGGUAAAAUCAAUUAUCACACAGGAUCCUCACAUUUAACUUCCUAAUUACCACAUUUUACCACAUGGUAAUGUACUGUAAAAUCAAUUACCACAUGAUAAGGCAUGGUAAAAUCAAAUUACCACACUAUACCAUAUGGUAUGGCAUGGUAAAAUCAAUUAUCACACAGGAUCCUCACAUUUAACUUCCUAAUUACCACAUUUUACCACAUGGUAAUGUACUGUAAAAUCAAUUACCACAUGAUAAGGCAUGGUAAAAUCAAAUUACCACACUAUACCAUAUGGUAUGGCAUGGUAAAAUCAAUUAUCACACAGGAUCCUCACAUUUAACUUCCUAAUUACCACAUUUUACCACAUGGUAAUGUACUGUAAAAUCAAUUACCACAUGAUAAGGCAUGGUAAAAUCAAAUUACCACACUAUACCAUAUGGUAUGGCAUGGUAAAAUCAAUUAUCACACAGAACCAUCACAUUUAACUUCCUAAUUACCACAUUUUACCACAUGGUAAUGUACUAUAAAAUCAAUUACCACAUGAUAAGGCAUGGUAAAAUCAAAUUACGACACUAUACAAACUUCAAUAAACAAACAAAUUUGUAUAUCUUACCUCCUGAUUCACCAGAGUUAGCUGAAUGAUCAAAUCCAAGAUCGAUAGAUGAAGAAGCAAUUCCAACAGCACUAGAUGAAGAACCAGAUCCUACAACGCUGGUUGAAGAACCAGAUCUAUCAAUUGGAACAACAUCGCCACAAUUUACGUAACUCAUCUCACCAGAAUACUACAAAAACACCAAAACACAUAGAACAUAACACAUGAACAAGCUCGAUUAGCUAAACAUAAACAAGCUCGACUAGCAGCAAUGAAAAACCUCCAACGAAACCAGAGAUCAACAGAAAACUCGAUUAGCUAAACAGGAAGAAUAAAAAAAACUAAUAUCUAACCUCGUUGUCGAUCAAUUAUGGAGAAUCACAAAAGAUUCGCCGUCCCCUGUUUCGCAGCAGCUGCUCGCAGUUUCUCUCUACAAAAACCGAAUCCAACUCGCGCACACGUCGAUCGAUUAUGGAGAAUCAGAAAGCGCGAUUCGAAGCUGCUGUUCGCAGUUUCUAUCGCCGUCGAUCAACCAUGGAGAAUCGCCGUCCUUGUUUCUCAGCUGCUGCUCCCCUGCUCGCAAUUUCUCUCUCCAAAAUCCGAAUCCAACUCGCGCACACGUCGAUCAAUUAUGGAGACCGAGAAUCAGAAAGCUCGAUUCGAAGCUGCUGCUCGCAGUUUCUAUCGCCGUCGAUCAACCAUGGAGAAUCGCCGUCCUUGUUUCUCAGCUGCUGCUCCCCUGCUCGUAGUUGAGACUCUCCAAAAUCCAAAUCCAACUCGCACACAGAAAGAUUCGCAACGGACAAAAGGGGAAACUCAUUAAUUCAAAUAACGGACAAAAAUGCCCCUGACCAUCCCGCUUCAAUGACAGCCACACGAUCCGUCCGCCCCAGAUCAACGGUUCCUAGGUGGUUACUCACGGGUGAGUAACAAAGGGUUACUCACCCUAUCCUAAGCCCCCUGACCCGCCCCAUUCUUGACCCGUUCUUGCCUAAAUUACAUGUAAUCUUAGUCAAAUUACUUAGGAUUUUCCUUUUAUUACAUCAUAUUUUAGCUAUAAUAAAGUUGUAAAUUAGUGAAACCCUCAAUUUCUCCAAUAAUUUAACAAAAUUUAUCAUAAUAUUAUUUGUUUUAUUGACCUUAUAAUAAAAAUAACGAAUAUUUCUAAUUUUUUUCAUAUAAAUUGUAUACUCAUUGGGUCAACAUGCCCCGACCCGCGACCCAUGAUAAAUUACCCGACCUGAACCCGACCUGCUAUGGGGCGGGUCUGGGUACCAAGAAACCCGCCCCGGAGCUGCCCAUUGCCAUUCCUAUUUGAGUCUUUGGGAUAUUGGAGUGCUUCUUUUAGAUCGAACCGGUCCUAGUCACCAUUUUAUCUAAGGUGAACUCAUUUAGAAAAAUAUAUAUAUAUAUAUAUAUAUAUUAAUUUUUUGUUAGUUUUUUAAAUCAAUCAUAAUAUAAUCUUAUUUUUUGAAAUUUUUGGUACGUCAAAUAAAGUAUAAAUUAUUAAGUAUAUCAAUUUCUGUGUACCAAAAAAUUAUUCAUGAAUCAAUUAAUCGUUCAAUUUUGAAUGGUGUUAUUUGUAAAGAAAUGUUUAGUAUCAACAAUUCGAGGUGAUGGGAGAGAUUUAAAAAUGAAUCUUAUACCAAACAAUUAUUCAUAAUUCAGUUAGUCUUCUGCUUUAAUACCUUUCAAUCAACUAUUCUCAAUUAGACGCGUCCUGAAAUUUUCAGUAUUAGUCAUCUAUUAUACCUAAUUUAAUCAUUUUUUUCUCUCGAACCAGAAUGCUGCUCGGAACCCACCCUCUUACACUGAUCUCCCUCCGUCCCUAUUUCCAACAACUCGAUUAUUGAGAACAACGGAUUAUUAUGUUCCUUACCAUCAUUUUGGGCGAAUUUGUAGAGGAGAUGAGAUCUACCCGGUAAGCGGGCUGUAAGAUUUAACUUCUUCUCCAUUGUGGAAGUUUAGUUAUCAUGGCUUCCUCCUCGUAUAUUGGAUGCUCGUUAAAGGAGUCGCUUUUUUUUUUCUCUCUCGCUCCGAGAAAUUAGACUUAUUGCUGGUGUCGUAUCUUGCAAAGAAGUGGUUAAGUACCAUAUACAGACCUGUAUAAUAUCAAACAUAACCUUCUCUCAAUAACUCUAUCCCGUGGACUAGUCCCGACACACCGUUGGGGAUACUACGUAAAUCUCGUCUCCUUUAUUUUUGCGAUCUAUAUUAGGUCGAUUUCUCAUCCCUGUUCCUAUCGGACCGUUGUGUCUUUGUUUUGGGGUUGGUGGGGAACGGCUACGGUGCUAAUUGUACAAUAGUUAGCACCGUCCUAACCAAGGGAAAAACUACUACUAGUUUGAAUUAGUAGUGAUUUAACUUAGAUAUUGUAGUGAUUUUAUAAUAAUCCGUAGUGAUUUUUGCUAGUUAUCACGGUGCUAACCCUUAUAAGGAUUAGCACCUAAUCCCAUCCCGGGUUGGUGCUAUCGGAAUAACUAGAAACGUCCUCG